AUGUUCACACUGAAAGAGACAGCUUCCUCAUCGCUGUCGCUGCCAGCGGACAAUUACAUUUACUCCCUUGUGCCGUCUGCAGCCGGUACCUUUGCCACUAUCUCCUCGGAUGAUUCUCUGCGCGUGUUCGAUGCCGCUAAUCUGGAUCGCGUCGCGGUGGUCUCCUCGAAGGCCCAUGACGGCGGCGUGACUUCACUGCGGAGCUAUGCAGCAGGUGAAUCGCAGCUGCUGGUAACCGGUGGUCGCGAGGGAAGGGUCAAAUUAUGGGAUGUUCGGGCUGGAAAGACCGUCAUGGAGGUAGAAACAACAAGACAUGCACCUGUGCUCUCUAUUGCAUGCAACCCAGAAACCAACACCAUUGUUGCGGGUACAGAGCUCCUUUCGUCACAGGCAGUUGUCGCAUUUUGGGAUAUCAGAUCUCCACAGGCGCCUCGUCUACAAUAUGUGGAGAGUCACAAUGACGAUGUCACGGAGCUUCAAUAUCACCCGACCCGCAACAACAUCUUACUUUCUGGCAGCACGGACGGACUUGUCAACAUCUAUGACACAACCGUGACCGACGAAGAUGACGCCCUGGUGCAAGUCAUCAACCAUGGCUCGGUUCAUCAUGCUGGUUUCUUAUCCGAGAGCACUAUAUUUGCGCUGAGCCACGACGAGCAGUUCUCCAUCCAUCCAGCCACCAACCCUGACGAUCCCGGGCAGGAACCCGAGCCAGUGGAUUUUGAUGAUUUGCGAGAGCCAUUGGGUGUUGAGUACGUGGUGCAGGUCUGCAUGGGUGGGCAAGGACCAUAUAUCGCGGCUGGCAAUAAGAUUGAUAAGCGGCUUGAUUUGGUUCCGCUGGUCUCAAGUCCCAGCUGGAAGUUUGACCAGGAUAAUCUUUGGCGCCUUCCCGGUGCGCAUGGUGAUGAAGUUGUGCGCUCAGUAUACUUGGAUGAACAGAGUCAAUCAGUCUUUACUUGUGGCGAGGAUGGAUUCGUGCGAGUGUGGAAACCCGAUGGAGACGACUCGCAGGCCCAGGCUGGAUCUACCAAGACGUCGCGGAAGGAGAAGAAACCGAAAGAUCGGUUCCGGCCUUAUUGA